AUGCACAUGAGCAAGGCUGGAAUGGCUCUCUGUGUCUCCCAAGGCAGCUUUAUUCUCGCCUCACAAUGUUAUGAGGAUGAUCCGCAGCAAGUUGCGAGAAAUGACCAGCAUCGAGAUAGUGAUAGUACCGGACAGUCCUACCAAAGAACCGUCCUUUUCUCCCUCUGUCUACUCACAAUUAGUCACGCAUUUGUCGCACUUCAACUUCGCGUUAGGAGCUUUUAUCUACCGCCUCGCAUGGUACUAGCUGCGGGACUGUUGGGUUACGGAUUAAAUGCGCGCGAGGAAGAGCCCGUCCAGUGCGUCAUAGCCUUCUCUCUAGUGGACGUGGACGAGACGAUUACUUUUGGUCGUUUGCGUUUCCGUGCCUGUUCUGACCUGGAUACCUGUGCCCGCGUUCUGUGGACCAAUAACACACAUGCAAAAGCCCCUACCAUAGAUCUGCGCUUGACACCUCAGCUUAAGCAGCCUCAGAAUUAA